AUGGCCACCAAGGAAUCUCCCCGUGCUUCUCGAAGCAACUCAAUGGCUCUUCGCACCACCGAGGAUGUCAACGCCAUUGAAGCCCCCGUCACCUGGAAGGCCUACCUCAUCUGCGCCUUUGCCUCCUUCGGUGGGAUCUUCUUCGGAUACGACUCCGGUUACAUCAACGGUGUCAAUGGCUCCUCCAUUUUCAUCCAGGCCGUCGAAGGCCCAGAUGCCACCAAGCUGUCUUCCUCCCACCAGUCCCUCAUUGUCUCUAUCCUCUCUGCCGGCACGUUCUUUGGCGCCCUCAUUGCUGGUGAUCUGGCCGACAUGAUGGGUCGCAAAUGGACCAUCAUCAUGGGCUGCGGUAUCUAUCUCAUCGGUGUGAUCAUCCAAAUGAUCACGGGAAUUGGUGAUGCUCUUGGUGUUAUUGUCGCUGGUCGUCUCAUUGCCGGUAUCGGUGUCGGUUUCGAAUCGGCCAUUGUCAUUCUCUACAUGAGCGAAAUCUGCCCCCGAAAGGUCCGCGGUGCCCUCGUCGCUGGCUAUCAAUUCUGCAUCACCAUCGGUAUCAUGUUGGCCUCCAUUGUCGUCUACGCAACCGAGAAACGCACGGACACCGGUGCCUACAGAAUCCCCAUCGCCAUCCAAUUUGCAUGGGCUAUCAUUCUCGGUGGCGGUCUCAUGUUUCUCCCUGACUCUCCUCGAUACUUCGUCAAGAAGGGCAGACUCGAAGAUGCCACUAUCGCUCUUUCCAAGCUCCGUGGGCAGCCUCGUGAGUCCGAGUACAUUCAAGUCGAGCUGUCUGAAAUCGUGGCCAAUGAGGAAUACGAGCGUGCCAUGAUCCCCGAUGCUGGAUGGUUCAACAGCUGGAUGAACUGCUUCAAGGGUGGCCUAGGACAUCAGAAGUCCAACUUGCGCCGAACCAUCUUGGGAACCUCCCUCCAGAUGAUGCAACAAUGGACUGGUGUCAACUUCAUCUUUUACUACUCCACACCCUUCCUGCAAUCCACCGGUGCCAUUGAGAACACUUUCUUGAUCUCCCUCAUCUUCACCCUGGUCAACGUCUGCUCCACCCCCAUUUCUUUCUGGACCGUGGAGAGAUUCGGACGCCGCACCAUUCUUCUCUAUGGAGCUGCUGGCAUGUUGAUCUGCCAAUUCCUCUGCGCCAUCAUCGGUGUUACCAUUGGAUUCAACCACACCCAUCCCGACCCUGCUGACUCCACCAAGAGCCUUGCCAACAACAUUCCCGCAGUCAAUGCUCAGAUCGCCUUCAUUGCCAUCUUCAUCUUCUUCUUUGCCUCCACCUGGGGACCUGGUGCCUGGAUCGUCAUUGGCGAGAUUUUCCCUCUCCCCAUCCGUUCUCGUGGUGUUGGUCUGUCCACUGCUUCCAACUGGCUGUGGAACACCAUCAUUGCCGUCAUCACCCCAUACAUGGUCGGAGAGGAGCACGGAAACUUGAAAUCCUCCGUCUUCUUCGUCUGGGGCGGUCUAUGCACAGCUGCAUUGGUCUACACCUGGUUCUUGGUUCCCGAGACCAAGGGUCUGACCUUGGAGCAAGUUGACAAGAUGUUCGAGGAGUGCACUCCUCGUACUUCUGGUAAGUGGAAGCCAAGCAGGACCUUCGCCUCCACCCUUGCCAGAGAUGGCAUCCUGGAGAAGGAGAUUGUCGAAGCUACCGAGCGCCGAGGAUCUGCUUUCUAA